UCUCCUUGUGUCUGUAGCAUCUGUACCCUGCAAGACAAAGACCCCGACAAAGAUCAAAAUGGCCCUCGCAGACGUACUCAACGAUGCUGAUGUUGCUGCAGCCCUGGAUGCGUGCAAAGACAAUGGCACCUUCAACCACGGCAAGUUCUUCGCAGCCUGUGGCCUGUCCAAGAAGUCCGCGGACGAUGUGAAGAAAGCCUUCGGGAUCAUCGAUCAGGACAAGAGUGGGUUCAUUGAGGAGGAUGAGCUGAAGCUGUUCCUGCAGAACUUCAAGGCUGGAGCACGCGCCCUGACUGACGAAGAGACAAAGAUCUUCCUCAAAGCCGGCGACACCGACGGUGAUGGCAAGAUUGGCAUCGACGAGUUCGCCGCCAUGGUUAAGGCAUAAAGAGCUCCUCUGACCAACACCUGAUGGAACAACAAUGCCCGCCUCCCCCUUUUCAUCUGAAUAUAAAUAAUUUUUAUACUGAAGAGACCUUUCCUCCUCUAUACAACACACUGUCCAAAAAAAUGAUGAUUGUGAAUGUUGCUCGGUUGUGUUCAUGUCUUAAAUACGAAUUUUGCUGUCUGUAAAAUCUAUGAUGCACUUUCCAGGAACAAACAGUAAAGGAGAAUAAAUAUCCUUUUGCUACGGUCUUA